CCAAGAGACCGAAGUGCAGCGAGUUCUGCGCGCCUACGAACACAGCAUCACGAUCGACGUACACUGCGCUCCAGAAGGAGACUGGACUUCCGAACGAAUGUCGCGAGAGCCCUUCAGCCGAUACUGCAAGGUGCGAAUCAAUCCUGACGACCGAAUGACGGCCGGCGGCGCCGCCAUCGGCAACUUCAUCAACUACCUGUCGGCGUUCGUGCGCGCCGCGCCGCUAGAGGCGCUACUGGAGCCCAGCGACGUGGUGGGCAAUAUCCGGUUCAGCCACCCCACUCUCUACGUGUUCCCCGGCGGACAGGGGGACGCGGCACUCUUCGGCAUCAACGGUUUCAACAUGUUGGUGGACGGCGGGUUCGCGCGCAAGGCGUGCUUCUGGGACUUCGUGCGCCACCUGGACCGCUUGGACGCAGUACUGGUGACGCGACUCAACAACGGCAACGUAAACGGCAUGUCGGCCGUGCUGCGGCGUAAGCAGGGCGGCCACGUGUACCCACAGAUCGGACACUUCUUCUGCAACCUGCAGGAGCGGAAACACGCAGCGUCUCCGGACGGCGACAAGGACCGCGACCCGCUGUUGAUCGACCUGACUGUGGAGGCGCACGAGAUGGUGGUCAACCUGCACCACCUGGCGCUCAAGCCGCACGCCUGCUACAGCUCGUCCGACCCCAUCAACCUGUACCACAAGGUGGGCCACGGCAAGCUCGACAUGUACGUGCUGAGCCCGGCGCGCGACAGCCGAGACCUCAAAGAGUUCCUCGCGCGGUGGAACGCCACCGACACGUCCAAGAUCUUCUCCAGCGGAGGCAGGAAAAGCUCUGGCAGUGAGUUCGCUUUCCCACUGCAAAAUCUAGUUUCUAUAUGCGCGCUGCUCGUGUGGCAGCCGGCGAACCCGAACGAUACGAUUACACGUAUUCUGUUCCCUGGAUCUGCACCGCAGCACAAGAUCUUCGAGGGCAUAGAGAAGCUCCGACACCUUCAGUUCCUUCGUUACCCGGUCUGCUCUGCAAAGUCUCUCUCACCGUCCACAUCAGCAGUUACUAUCAGCAGCCGCAAGCAGCAGUUACGGUCAGCUGCUCCUGCGGUCAUUGAUAAGCUGCUGCCAGGAGAAGUUGCCAAGCAGCAGGCCUCACCACCAUCAAAGCCCGUGGAUAAGGCCGCUCCCAAAAGUGCGACAAUCCCCGUCACGGGUGUGGAGAAACCCGUGCAGCCUAGCAAGACUGUUCCCCCAAGUGCCGCACCACCCCCAGCUGCCCCCACAGCUGCACCUCCUCAGGUUCCAGCAGUGAAGCCUGUUCCGCCGCCGUCAAGGGCCAAGCCCGAACGCUUACCCGCAAAAACCGAACCACCCAAAACUAAGACUGAUAUAGUUAAGACUGCUGACACAGAAAAAGUUAGUGCAAAAGUAGAUAAGACAUCCAAGACAGAAGUAGUGAGAAUGAAGGGGGAACACAAAUCAAAGACAGAAAUUAAAACGUCCACAGUGAAAACACGAACUGAAACCAAAUCCACCCGUUCCAUAGAAAGGAAAGCACAGAGGACAACAAUUACAACCUCUAGUGUAACAGAGAAAAAGACUGACAUAAAAUCUUCUCCUACUACACCUAAAAAAUCUGUUGAACAUAAAGUUAAUGGAGUUGCACCAAAGCCAGAGCCAAUGAAACAUGCUCGACCAUCGAGUAGAACUAGACCGUCCCCAACCUCCACUCCAGCGAAAAGUGCGAAAGAAGCCAAUAAUCGGAAGGUCGUAGAAUCAAAAUAUCACAUUUCAAAAGCCUCUAAAUUGACUACAUCAAAGGCUGCUAAGAAGGAAGUGCAAGAACCAGCAGCAAAAGCUGAGAGGAAGCCUGUGAGCAGGCGACCAAAGGCAACUCCCAGCUCACCUGCUAAGAUGGCAGCAAAAUCACCGGGUUCACCAGCCAAGUCUUCUUCUGCCAAAAGCACACCAACUCCAUCUGUCAAAUCAGAAAAAGAAGCUGUAAUCAGAAAAAGAAAGGUUGAAACUGGAAAAAUUACUGCUGACUCAUCUGCAGUAUCAACCCCAUCAACUACUGAAGUAGAAACUGUUGUGAAAGCAAAGGAAAUAGGAAAAGUCCAGGAAACUCCCCUUGUAAAUGGCCACAUAUCAGAAAUGAUCAUAACAAAGGAAGAUAUCUCCAAGGAGCUUUUAGACAAACCCCUUGAAGAGACUUACAUUGAGAAAAAGACUGAAAAAAUUGACAGUGAAACUGUAAGAAAGUCACCAACUGAUGACCAACAAGAAGUUACAGAAGGAGAAGACAAAACUUCAGUUAGAGAGAAAGAAAUUAAAGACAUUCCUACUAUAGAAGGAAAAGAAAAACAAAUGGAUGAAGAAACUGUAGAAAAAGAAGUAGAAGUUGAAGAAAAAGAGAUGGUAGUUGAAGAUAAAGAGUCUGAGAUAGAAGAGAAGGAAACCGAACUUGAAGAGAAGGAGUCUGAAAUUGAAGAAAAAGAAUCUGAAGUUGAAGAAGGAGAUGAUUCCAGGCAACUUAUGCAUGAAAAGGAAGAUAUAGAGGCUACAGAAGAGGAACAAACUGAAGAAAUUGAGGAUGAGGAAGGACCUGUUGACAUAAAGGAAUCAUUACAUGCUGAACUUGAAACAGAAGUAAAGAAACUGAUGAGAGAAAAGAUUGAAGGAGGAGAAGAAGAAGAAGAAGAAGAAGAAGGGGGAGGAACAGAAGAAGAAGAAGAAGAACAAGAAGGGGAGGAAGAUGAGGAGGAUGAAUACUUAAUCGUUGAAAAAGAAGAUGUGGAAUCCUACCAAGAACAAGAAAGUAUUGAAUCACAUUUACCAGAUGAUUUUGACAACAAAGAUAUUGAUGUUGAGGAAGAAGAUGAAGGGGAGCUUCAGAAGCACUUAUUAGAUGAAGUUGAAACAGAAAAGACAAAGAAAGAUAUAGAAAAAGAAGAGAUGGAUACAAAAAUGCACAGAGAAGUAGAAUCUCAAAAGGAACACUUAAUAAAGGAAAAAGAGGUAGAUAUAAUUCUUAAAAGUAAAGCCGAAAAAGAAAUAACUGAAACUGAAAAAAUGAAGGAGGAACAUGUUGAGGAAAUAAAAGAGCAAGAAACAGAAGGUGUUACUGAAGAAACUGCUAAGCCAUUGAAGGAAGAAAUUACAAAAGAUCACAUUGAGGAGAAAGUGGAGGAAAUUAUUUCAUCGGCAAAAGAAAUAGUAACUAAAGGAAAAUUUGAAGAUGAAAGAAAGCCUGGAGUGUCUCAAGAAUCGGAUAAAGAUAUACAGAAAGAGGAACUGUCUGAGAGCAAGAAAGAACCUGAAACAAGUGAAGAUCUCAAAGAAAUUUCAUCAAUUAGUCCUGAAGAGAAAAUAGAUGUUUCUUCAGAGAAAGUCCGAGAAACUACAGACACUGACCAUAAGCUUGAUGAUGGAGGUCAUGAAAUGAAAGAGAUUCCCUCAAAAGAAAUUCUAGAGCAGAAAUUUAUUGCAGAGGAAAGCCAGCCAGAUGAAAAGAUGUCUACAACUAUAGAAUCUGCUGCUACAACAGCACCAACACUUCCUGAAGAUGAACGCAUACCUCUAGAUGAAAUAAAGGAAAUUGUUGAAGAAAAAUAUGUGAAAGAAGAGACAAAGGAGAAAGAAAAACCAGUGGCAGAAGCAGUAACACGUCUAGAGCAGCCAACUACUCUGCCACAAGUUGUAAUGCCAAUUUUUGAAACUCACAUUGCUCAUGGGAUUAUUCAUCAAAGAGACAUUGUUAAAACACCUGAUGAAGUUGCUGACUUGCCAGUCCAUGAGGAAGUUGACCCUGGUAUGUAUGAUGCUGAUGAUUUUGUAAGAGACUUUCAUAAAACAAAAUAUGAAGUGCAACUUUCGAAAAAACAACAAGAUACUGAAGAGAUCAAGGACUACAUACCUGAGGUAGGUGCUGCAGAAGAAAGACUGAAAAUAGAUACAGGAAAGGCUGACACAUUGAAAGAAUCUUUAAAACAGUUUGAAGAUGAGAAAGAAGUUGAAGAAGUCAAAAUAGCACCUGAGGAAAGAUUUGUUGAUGAAAUUGAAGACAUUAUACAUGUAAAAAGAGAAAUAUCUGAUGCAGCAAAACCAUCAGUGAAACCAGUCUCUGUGGCACAACGUGAAGAACCUGUGCCAAAGGAAGACAUGGCAAAGCCUACUGAUGAGUCAAAACCUGUUACAGUAAUAUCAGAAGAAAAACUUCUGGAAGCUACCUUUCAGACAUAUGCAGAUCUAAAAGCUACAAAAGAGAAAGUAGACGAGUUAAAAGAAAAAUUCUCUGAAGAAGCAAAGAAAGCUGUAGAGAAAGAGAUAGAUUAUGCUGAAAUUUUAGAAAAAGACAUUGCUCAUGACAGAGUUGCCUUACAGGAAAUGAGAGAAGAAAAGGAAACAGAAGGAGAAGAAAUUGCUGCAGAAUACAUAUCUUCUGAAAAGAAAUACAUAGAAGAACAACUGGAAACUAUUUCAGAUCAACUUAAACAAAAGGAGAAAGUUAUUAGUGAAGAAAUUUCAACACUGCAACAAACAUAUGUAAAGGAGACACCUGAAGAGAAAGGAAAGGAUGAAAUGAAACCACUUCCAAUGGAUGUUGUGCAGGAAAAGAUGCGAGAAGAGAAACAGAAAUUUAUUACAGAAGAUGUCACUGAAAGAAUUGAAAAACUGGAAGGGGAUAAAGUUAUCCAAGACAAAAAGAUUGAAAAGGAUGUAAAGAAAGAUGUUACAGCAGAAAUUAAGGAGGUGGAAGACAAAGAAAAGCCUGUUCCAAAGGAAAUGAUUCAAGAGGUAAUUAUGCAGGAUGAGAAAAUUAUUUCAGAUGAGAUAGUCAGGGCAAAGAAGGUAGCAGAGAAAGAUGAAAUCAUCACAGAAGGUGAAGAAAUUAAAAAACUGAAAGAAGAGGAAGUUGUUCCAAAAGAAGUUAUUGAGGAGAUAAUAAAAGACAAGGAAGUAUCAAAAGUAAUGGGUGAGGAGGAGAUGAAAGAAGAAAGAGUUGUUAAAGAAGACAUUGUUGAAGAAAUCAAACAAUUAGAAGGUAAAGAGAAGUCUACUCCAAAGGAAGUUCUUGAAAAGAAAAUUAAAGAAGAAGAUGAAACCAUCUCAAAGGAGAUGAUUGAGGUAGAGGAAAAGGAAGAGAAAGUUGAUACAGAAGAUAUCAUGGAUAAAAUUCCAAAGCUGGAAGAGAGAGACAAAGAUGUUCUGAAGGAAGUUGAUGACAAAGAGAAAUCUACUCAAAAGGAUGUAGCUAAAGAUGAAACAAAAGGAGGAGAGGAAAUGGGUUUGAAGGAGUUGGUAGACAUAACGAAAAAAAGAGAAAUUGUUACAGAAGAUAUCAUAGCAGCUAUUCCAAAACUGGAAGACAAACAGAAAGUUUCAUUGGAGGAACUUGAUGAAAGUAAGACAAAGGACAAGAAAGAAGAAGAAAAGGAAAAAAUAAUUGCAGAAGAGAUAAAGAAAGACAUUGUAGAUCUAAAAGAACAGGAGCAGCUAUUGUCCAAAGAUGUAGCUAAAGAAAAGCCGGAGGACAAACAGAAAGAAGAGAUUGAUAAAUCUUUAAGAGAACUAGAAGAUACAGAGAAACUUUCACCAAAAGAAGUGAAAGAAAUCCAAAUUUCAAAGGAGAAGAUUCCAGAAAAGGAGACAGAAGAGCAAUUGAUGGUUGCUAAAUAUACCACUGAAGAAACAGAUAAACUCAAAGAAAAAGAGAAAAUUCAGGCAAGGGAAAUGGUGGAAGAUAAAGCAAAAGAAGGUAGGAAAAUAGAGUCAGAGGAAAUUAUUCAUGAAAAGAAGAAAGACGAGAGAGAAGUAAUUACUAAAGAUAUCACUGAAAAACAAGAAGAGAAAGAGAAACUUUCCCCAAGGGAGGUAGCUGAAGAGAUUACUGUCAAAGAGGAAGUAAGUGUUUCAGCAGAGGCUAUUCAGAGAGAGGAAACUAUCAAAGCUGACCUCACCACAGAAAUUAAGAAACCACAGGAAAUGGAGAAAAUUGUAUCAAAGGAAUUAGUUGAAGAGAAGGAAAAAGAGUCUGAAGAAAAGAUAAAAGCUAUUACAGAGGAUGUGGCAUUGAUAAUGUUAAAAGCAGAAGAAAAGGAGAAGCCUGCUCCAAAGGAAAAGGCUGAAGAGAAGAUGAAAGAAGAGAAACUAGUUUCUAAGGAGGCAGCAGAGGAAGAUAAGGGAGAAGACAAAGAGACAGUUAUUACUGAAGAUAUACCUGAAGAAAUAAAGCAACUAGAAGAAAAAGAGAAACCUGCUCUAACAGAAAUUUCUGAACUCAAGACAAAAGAAGAGACAGUAGUACUAAAGGAGCAGGUUGUGGAGAAGAAGGCUGAUGACAGAGUUAUUACAGAGGAUAUAACUAAGUUGGAAGUUAAAGAAAAAACUCCCUCUGAUGACAGGGUUGAAAUAAAGGCAGAAGAAGAGAUAAUAACUGUAAAGAAAGUGGAUGAGGAAAAGAAGGAAGAAGAAAAAGCAAAAGUUGAAGUUGCUGGAAAAAGAAUUGUUGAAGAGGGAGCAAAGGAAGAAAAAGAUAUUUCACAGAAGAUGGCUGAAGAAAAGAUAGAAGAGAAGGAGAAAGUUGUUCCAGAAGAAAUCACCAAAGAAAUAAAACAGCUCGAUGCGAUUGAGAAACUAGCAUCGAAAGAAACAAGCAAAAUAAAAUCUGAGGAUGAAGUGAAAAGAAUUUCAAAGGAAAUUGAUCAAAAAAUGAUUAUAGAAGACAAAAAGAAAAUUGUUCCUGAAAUCACUGAACAUGUUAAAAAACAGGAAGAAAAAGACUCAGGUUUACCAAAGGAAGAAAUAGAAGAGAUGAUUCAGGAGGAAUGGGAAAUAGUUUCAAAGGAGAUGAUAGAGGAAGAGAAGAAAGAUACAAGUGAAGCUGUAACAGCAGCAACUGUUGUAGAAAUCAAGGAAGCAGAGGAAAAAGAAAUAACUAUCCCUAAGGAAAUGGAUAUAGAAAAGAUAAAAGAACCAGAGAAAAUGGUUACAAAGGAUGCAAUAGUGAAAAUGGAAGAACAUAAGCUUAUUACAGAAGAUAUCACGGAAGAACUGAAAAAGACAGAAGAAAAAGAGGAAACUGUUCCACAUGCAUUACCAGAAGAAAAGGAAAAAGAAGCUGAGAAACCACUUUUGAAGGAAACAACAGUGAGAAAGGAAGAAGAGAAGGUUAUUACAGAACAUAUCACUGAAGCAGAGAUAAAAUCAGAAGAAAAAGAAGAAACUGUGCCGCAUGAAAUAUGUGAAGAAAAGCCAAAGGAAGCUGACACAGUAGUGAAAAAGGAAGAAGAGAAAGUUAUUACAGAAGAUAUCAUUGAAGAAGUGAAAAAACCAGAAGAAAAAGAUAAAACUGUUCCACAUGAAAUACCUGAAGACAAGAUAAAGGAAGACGAGAAACUAGUUCCAAAAGAAACAAUAGUGAAAAAGGAAGAAGAGAAAGUUGUUACAGCAGAUAUCACUGAAGAAGAGAAAAAACCAGAAGAAAAAGAUAAAACUGUUCCACAUGAAGUACCUGAAGACAAGAUAAGGGAAGCUGAGAAACUAGUUCCCAAAGAAACAAUAGAAAAAAAGGAAGAAGAGAAAGUUAUUACAGAAGAUAUCACUGAAGAAGAGAAAAGACCAGAAGAAAAAGAGAAAAUGGUUCCAUCUGAAAUACCCAAAGAAAAGAAAAAGGAAACUGCAAAACCAGUUAUAAAGGACACAGUAGUGAAAAAGGAAGAAGAGAAGAUUAUUACAGAAGAUAUCACUGAAGAAGUGAAAAAAACAGAAGAGAAAGAGGAAAUUAUUCCACAAGAAAUACCCGAAGUAAAGAUAAAGGAAGCAGAGAAACCAGUUUCAAAGGACACAGUAGAGAAGAAGGAAGAAGAGAAGGUUAUUUCAGAAGAUAUCACUGAAGAACUGAAAAAACCAGAAGAAAAAGAGAAAACAGUUUCACAAGAAAUACUUGAAGAAAAGGCAAAGGAAGCCGAGAAACCAGUUUCAAAGGACACAGUAGUGAAAGAGGAAGAAGAGAAAGUUGUUACAGAGGAUAUUACUGAAGAAGUGAAAAAACCACAAGAAAAAGAGGAAACAGUUUCACAAGAAAUACUUGAAGAAAAGGCAAAGGAAGCUGAGAAACCAGUUUCAAAGGACACAGUAGUGAAAGAGGCAGAAGAGAAAGUUGUUAUAGCAGAUAUCACUGAAGAAGUGAAGAAACCAGAAGAAAAAGAGGAAACUAUUCCACUUGAAAUACCUGAAGAAAAGGCAAAGGAAGCUGAGAAACCAGUUUCGAAAGACAAAGUAGUGAAAAAGGAAAAGGAAGAGGAAGAGGUUAUUGCUGAAGAUAUCACUGAAAAAGUCAAGAAAUCAGAAGAAAAAGAGGAAACUUCUCGGCCCAAAAUACCCGAUGGAAAGAUAAAAGAGGCUGAGAAACCAGUCUCAGUGGACACGGUAGUGAAAAAGGAAGAAGAGAAGGUUAUUACAGAAGAUAUCACUGAAGAAGUAAAGAAACCUGAAGAAAAAGAGGAAAUUAUUCCACAUGAAACACCUGAAGGAAAGAUAAAGGAAGCUGAGAAACCAGUUUUGAAGGACACAGUAGUGAAAAAGGAGGAAGAGAGGGUUAUUAGAGAAGAUGUCACUGAAGAAGUGAAAAAACCAGAAGAAAAACAGAAAACAGUUCCAUCUGAAAUACCCGAAGAAAAGAAAAAGGAAGAUGCUAAACCUGUUUCAAAAGAUGCAGUAGUUAAAAAGGAAGAACAGAAAGUUAUUACAGAAGAGGUCACUGAAGAAGUGAAAAAACUGGAAGAACAAGAGGGAGCAGUACCACAUGAAAUACCAGAAGAAAAGACAAAGGAAGCUGCAAAACCAGUUUCAAUGGACACAGUAUUGAAAAAGGAAGAAGAGAAGGUUAUGACAGAAGAUAUCACUGAAGAAGCAAAAAAACCUGAAGAAAAAGAGAAAACAGUUCCAUCUGAAACACUUGAAGAAAAGGAAAAGGAAGCUGCAAAAGCAGAUUCAAAGGACGCAGUGGUGAAAAGGGAAGAAGAGAAGGUUAUUACAGAAGAUAUAACUGAAGAAGUGAAGAAACCAGAAGAAAAAGAGGAAAUUAUUCCACAUGAAAUACCCGAAGGAAAGAUAAAGGAAGCUGAGAAACCAAUUUCAAAGGACACAGUAGUGAAGAAGGAAGAAGAGAAGAUUAUUACAGAAGAUAUCACUGAAGAAGUGAAAAAACCAGAAGAAAAAGAGAAAACAGUUCCAUCUGAAAUACUUGAAGAAAAGGGAAAGGAAGCUAAGACACCAGAUUCAAAGGACACAGUAGUGAUAAAGGAAGAAGAGAAAGUUAUUACACAAGAUAUCACUGAAGAAGUAAAAAAACCAGAAGAAAAAGAGAAAUCAGCUCCACAAGAAAUACUUGAAGAAAAGGCAAAGGAAGCAGAGAAACCAGUUUCAAAGGACACAGUAGUGAAAAAGGAAGAAGAGAAAGUUGUUACAGAAGAUAUCACUGAAGAAGUGAAGAAACCAGAAGAAAAAGAGGAAACUAUUCCACAUGAAAUACCUGAAGAAAAGGCAAAGGAAGCUGAGAAACCAGUUUCAAAAGACACUAUUGUGAAAACGGAAGAGGAGGAGGUUAUUGCUGACGAUAUCACUGAAAAAGUCAAAAAAUCAGAAGAAAAAGAGGAAACUGCUCGACACGAAAUACCCAAAGGAAAGAUAAAGGAAGAUGAGAAACCAGUUUUGAAGGACACGGUACUGAAAAAGGAAGAAGAGAAGGUUAUUACAGAAGAUAUCACUGAAGAAGUGAAAAAACCAGAAGAAAAAGAGAAAGCAGUUCCACAAGAAAUACUUGAAGAAAAGGCAAAGGAAGCUGAGAAACCAGUUUCAAAGGACACAGUAGUGAAAAAGGAAGAAGAGAAGGUUAUUACGGAAGAUAUCACUGCAGAAGUGAAAAAAACAGAAGAAAAAGAGAAAGUUCCAUCUGUAAUAUUUGAUGAAAAGGCAACGGAAGCUGAGAAACCAGUGUCAAAGGACACACUAGUGAAAAAGGAAGAAGAGAAAGUUGUUACAGAAGACAUCACUGAAGAAGUGAAAAAACCAGAAGAAAAAGAGAAAACAGUUCCACAAGAAAUACUUGAAGAAAAGGCAAAGGAAGCUGAGAAACCAGUUUCUAAGGACACAGUAGUGAAAAAGGAAGAAGAGAAGGUUAUUACAGAAGAUAUCACUGAAGAAGUGAAGAAACCAGAAGAAAAAGAUAAAACACUUCCAUCUGAAAUACUUGAUGAAAUGGCAAAGGAAUCUGAGAAACCAGUGUCAAAGGACACAGUAGUGAAAAAGGAAGAAGAGAAAGUUGUUACAGAAGACAUCACUGAAGAAGUGGAAAAACCAGAAGAAAAAGAGAAAACAGUUCCACAAGAAAUACUUGAUGAAAAGGCAAAGGAAGCUGAGAAACCAGUGUCAAAGGACACAGUAGUGAAAAAGGAAGGAGAGAAGGUUAUUACAGAAGAUAUCACUAAAGAAGUGAAAAAACCAGAAGAAAAAGAGAAAACAGUUCCAUCUGAAAUACCCGAAGAAACGACAAAGGAAGAUGCAAAGCCAGUUUCAAAAGACACAGUAGUGAAAAAGGAAGAAGAGAAAGUUAUUACAGAAGAUGUCACUGAAGAAGUGAAAAAAGCAGAAGAACAAGAGGGAGCAGUACCACACAGAAAACCAGAAGAAAAGACAAAGGAAGCUGCAAAACCAGUUUCAAAGGACACAGUGUUGAAAAAGGAAGAAGGGAAGGUUAGUACAGAAGAUAUCACUGAAGAAGUGAAAAAAACAGAAGAAAAAGAGAAAACAGUUCCAUCUGAAAUACCCGAAGAAAAGACAAAGGAAGAUGUAAAACCAGUUUCAAAGGACACAGUAGUUAAAAAGGAAGAAGGGAAGAUUAUUACAGAAGAUGUUACUGAAGAAAUGAAGGAACCAGAAGAAAAAGAAGAAACUGUUCCACACGAAAUUCCUGAAGAAACGGCAAAGGAAGCUGAGAAACCAGUUUCAAAGGACACAGGACUGAUGAGGGAAAAGGAGGAGGUUAUUACAGAAGAUAUCACUGAAAAAGUGAAGAAACCAGAAGAAAAAGAGGAAACUGUUCCAUUUGAAAUACCCAAAGAGAAGGCAAAGGAAGUGGAGAAACCAAUUUUGAAGGACACAAUAGUGACAAAGGAAGAAGAGAAGAUUAUUACAGAUGAUAUCAGUGAAGAAGUGACGAAACCAGAAGAUAAAGAGAAAGCUGUUCCACAUGAACUGCCCAAAGAAAAGGCAAAGGAAGUUGAGAAACCAGUUUCAAAGGACACAGUAUUGAAAAAAGAAGAAGAGAUGGUUAUUACAGAAGAUAUUACGGAAGUGAAAAAGCCAGAAGAAAAAGAGAAACCUGUUCCAUAUGAAAUAGUUGAAGAAAAAUCUAAGGAAGUGGGCAAAGCAGUUUUGAAGGACACAACAGAGAAAAUUAAAGAAGAUGGAAGCAAAGAUUUGGAAAAAGAAAAACUCAUUUCAAAGGAUAUAGAUGAGCAAUAUAUUGUUUCACCUGAAAAGGCUGAAGAAGGAAAAAAACCUUCCCUGAAGGAUAUGCCCUCUUCCAAAGAGUUUGUCGAAGAAAGGAGAAAAGUAGAAGAGAAGAGUUCCACACCAGAAAUCACAGAAAAGAAGGAUGAUGUAAAAGAUGUGCCUCCUUCAGAGAAAAUGGUUGAAAAAGAGAGGUAUAUUUCAGAAGAUCUGCUUGAAGAAAAAAAGGAAAGUGAAGAGAAGGAAGAGGUUGUCCCAAAGGAUCUUAUUAAAGAAGGAGAGAAAGUAGACACAAUUCAUAUAGAUCAUACAGAAAAAGAAAAGGAAAAAGAUGAAAGAGAGAAGAGAGUUACAGAGAAAAUUAUUGAAGGAAAGAAGAAAGAAGUAGGUGAAGAAAGUAUUAUUGUGAAGGACUCUGUGGAACAUGAGAAAAAAGGAGAACCAAUAGCUGUAGAGGAUAUUACCAGUGUAAUAGGGAAAGAGGAACCCAAGAAAGACAAAGCUGCUUCAAAGGAACUGCUUGAAGAAAAGAAAGAAGAGAAAGAAAAAGAGAGAGCCAUUACAGAUAUUAGUAAAGAACAGGAAGGCCAACAAGAGGCAGAGAAGAUUACUUCAAAACAAUUCAUUGAAAAAGUCGGAAUGGAGGAAACUACAGCAAAAAUUGCUCCAAAGUAUGUAGUUGAAGAAAAGGAAAAAGACCAAGUUAUUUCAAAGGCUGUGACUGAAGAAAAAAUAGAUGACCUCGAAAAAAGAAAGAUUGUCACUACAUACGAAAAAAUUUCAGACAAGAUUGAAACUAUUUUCGACAUUAAAACUGAUUUGUCACUCCAGGAAACUUCACAACUUACAGCUGCAACAGCAAAGGAAGUUAAGCCUGCAGAAGUGAUCAAAACUAACGGUGAACUUGAAAAGAGUGAAGAGAAAGUACCACAAGUGAAAAUGCCUGGAGAGACAGCUAUCAAGGGAGAGCCAGAAGAUGAGGUUGAUCAGAAGAUGGAACCUGGAAAAGAAACAAUUACAGCACCAAGUGCUUUAUCUGCCACGUAUCUUGAAAUUAUAGACAAGCUACAAAAAGAAGAACCUUCAGAAGUUGAUAAACAGGAAGAUGAAGAGUCACCAAAGAGAGAAGAGCUCAAAGUUAGUGAAGCUGACAAAUCUCUUCGCAAAGAAGUAUCAAAAACGACAGAAGAAUUGGAAGAAAUAUCCGUUACGUCUAGUCAAAUGACAGAUAUUAAACAUUUGCCACAGGAAGGUGUACAGCCAGAAAUUACAAAAGACUCACACAGAAAAGAAGAGGAGCAAACGUCAGAAGGAAAACCAUCCCCACAAGAACAAGAACUCAUAAGCAAAAAAGACAAGGCAGAGAUAGGAGUAGAAAAGGAAGAUAAAAAGGUGAAAGUAGAAGCUGACUCAUUAGAAACUGAGAAAACACCAGCAACUAUAGAAUGGUUAACUUGUGUAGUUAAGGACACAAAGCUAUCAUUGGGAGAAGAGCAGGAAGAGAUCUUUAAGAAAGUUGUUAGCACAAAAGAGAAGAAAGCUACAGAGACAGAAGAUCAAAUUGAUGAGAAGAAAGUGAAGGAGAAACAACAAGAGAUAGAAAAGACUGUCAAGGACACUGAUGUCAUGUCAGUCAUAACAGAAAGACAGAAGACAUUACCUGACAGUGAAACUAGCAAGGAAAUUCCUACAAGUAUUGACCAAAAGAAGCAGCCAACUGGAGAAAGAGAAAUAAUAGAAGAAUCAAUUGACGUGGUGAAAAGUCAACCAAAAUAUGAGGCAGACAGACCAGCAGAAACGUUCAGUGAGGUGUAUCAGGAAGACAAGAAAGACGAGCUUGCAAAAUCAGUGUCUUCAGAAAAGGAGAAGCAACUAACAGAUGAAGAGGAAAAGAAACUAAAGACAGAAAAGUUACUUUUAGAGACAGAGGGCAGCAUUAUUUCAAAAGAUUUAGCUGAAACUAUCACCACAACUGUAAUGAAAGAAUAUAUCCUGAAAACUACACACAUAACAUCGGAUUCUGUUACAUCAGAUGUACCAGCCCCUGGAAAAAUGCCUGUACAACCAUCUGUGCAACCUGAAAUAACACCUUUGCAAGAGAAAGUGGAGAUUAAAGAGACUGGACUAUCACCAAAAGUGGAAGACACUGAUAAAAGAGCUGCAGAUGCACUAAUUUCUCAUGAACUCAAAGACACAGAAAAACUUUCCGCAGGUCAAGAAAUAGGAAAAGAUAAGCAGCCGGGAAUUUCUGAAGAAACUGCUGUUUCAAAAGUGAAAGAAGUUUCAAAAGAAGUAAAAGAUGAUGGGAUUACAAGCAAAUUACCAACUUCAGCUGCUGACCAUAGAUCAGAUGAUGAAGAUGGUGAACCACCUCCAUCUCCAGGAGAAGAAUACAUUGAUUCAGGAAUGGAGGAAGAACCAGUCUAUACCAAACUUGAUGCACCAGAACUUCCAGAAUAUGUAACUGUUACUCCUGACUCCACACCUGCAUCACCAAAAGCAUUGCCCUUAAGGCCACAGGAUGACUCUGCAAAAAUGCAUCUUCCUGAAUCUGAAGAGAAGGAAGGAAAAGAAAAACUUAAAUCUGAACAUACUGAAACUGACAAGAAAGAGCCUGCCAAGGUAACAACUACAGCCCUUCCCCAGGAAAAAGAGGUGGAGUAUAGAAAGUAUGUGGAUGACACUGGUGACAAAACUGGUCAACCAGGAGAAGUUAUCACAGACAAAGAUGGUCAUAUUGUAACAAGAAGAACAAAAACUGAAUACAAAACAAUUGUGACCAGGGAAGGUAAGCCUGAUGAGAAGACAGUUUCAAGUCUAGUGGCUGGUUCAGUUAUACCUAUCUCAUCGGGUGAGAUCACAACAUAUACAACUGGAGUUAAAGAUGACAAACUAUCAGAUGAAGAACAUCUGGAAGAAAUUGAUGAUGAUUCCAAAGACUCAGUCUCAGAGGAAACGUUCACAGAUGAAGAUGGUAAAACUGUAACAAGGAAGAUAGUAAGGCGUUACAAGACAGUGGUUACCAGCAGAACUGAAUCAGCUGAAGAGAAAGGUAUAAUGAAAGAAAUUCAGCCCUCAUUUUCAUCUGAAGCAGGACCUGGUUCAUUUAUACCUGUUUCAUCAGGUGAGAUCACAACGUAUACAACUGUAGUUAAAGGUGACAGACUAUCAGAUGAAGAACAUCUGGAAGAAAUUGAUGAUGACUCAAAAGAAUCCGUCUCAGAGGAAACAUUCACAGAUGAAGAUGGUAAAAUUGUAACAAGAAAGGUAGUAAGGCGUUACAAGACAGUAGUAACAAGCAGAACUGAGUCAGCUGAUGAGAAGGGUGAAAUAAAAGAAUUUCAGCCCCCAUUUUCAUCUGAAGCAGGACCAAUGGUACUACCGUCAUCCUCAAAAACAACAACAACAACAACAAAAAUAAUUGAAGGUCAUGAAUAUCCACUAGACACUGACAAGCAAGAUGACAAAGCAGCUGUUUCAGAAGAAACAUUCACAGACAAGGAUGGCAAAACUGUGACAAGAAGAACUGUGCGACACUACAGAACUUACAUAACUCAGUCCACAGGAGAAAUGGAACCGACUCAUAUAAAGACAGAUGACAGAACUCCCCUUGAACCAGCUCAAGAUGUUGUUGAAAGUGAAACACGUGUUACAGUGUCCACAGACAAAGCAGGCACAGAAGAAAUUGUGGAGUUCGAUGACGACGAUGAAAAAGAAUCAGUAACCGAAGAAACAUUUACAGACGAAGAAGGUAGGACAGUAACAAGAAGAGUAAUAAGGAGGUAUAAGACAGUGAUAACGAAAGAAAGGGAAGUAGUGGAUGAGAAACCAACUACAAAACUGGUAACUACUACAGCAACAAAGAAGACUGAAACAAAAGAAGGUGACGACAUUGAUGAUGGUGUAGAAAUGGAAGAAUGCACAGAGCUCAGUGAUCAGGAUGAAAAAGAAUCUGUGUCUGAAGAAACAUUCACAGAUGAAAGUGGCAAAACUGUGACCAGAAAAAUUGUAAGACGGUAUAAGACAGUUGUCACAAGGGGAAGUGAAUCUGUUGAUACAAAAGAUUCCAUGAAAUUAGCUCCUAAAGAAGCAAAGGAUAUUGUAGAUGAAAUAGAAACAGAACAGGAUGAAUUAGAUGAUCAAGAUGAAAAAGAAUCUGUGACUGAAGAAACGUUCACUGACGAAAAUGGCAGAAUUGUAACAAGGAAAGUUGUCAGACGGUACAAGACAGUGAUAACAAAAGAAAGUUCUUCUGUGGAUGCAGAAGACUCUAGCCAGAUAAGAGAGACAGACACAAUUGCUUCCGAAUUGUCUCCAACUGUUCUCACCCGGAAAACAUACACUACAGUAAUUAAAUCAGAUGAUGAUAGAGAUGAUGGUGUAGAAACAGAUAAAUUAGAGGAGUUUGAUGAUCAGGAUGAAAAUGAAUCUGUGAGUGAAGAAACCUUCACAGAUGAGGGUGGCAGAACAGUAAGAAGGAAAAUUAUAAGGCAUUACAAGACAGUCAUUAGACAAGAAGGUGAACCCACAGAUGCAAAAGAUUCUACGACAAUAAAAAUGGAAAAGAUAAGUGCCCCAGACCUAACCUUAACUGCAACUACCAGCGAAAGUUGCACGACAGAUAUAAAAGAAGGUGUUGGUGUAGAUGAUGGUAUUGAAAUAAGUGAUCAAGAUGGCAAAGAAUCUGUGACUGAAGAAACUUUCACAGAUGAAAAUGGCAGAAUUGUGACAAGGAAGAUUGUAAGGCGAUACAAGACUGUGGUAAUGAAAGAAAGUGGGUCUUUGGAGGAUAAAGGCACUAGUGAAAUAGAGAAGAAAGAUGUAAGAGAUAUGGAACAGAUGUCAACUGCUUUUACUACAGAUACACAUACUACAGCACUAGGUGUCAUAGAAAGAGAUGAACUUACAGACUUUGAUGAUCAAGAUGAAAGGGAAUCUGUCUCUGAAGAGACAUUCACUGAUGAGGAUGGCAGAACAGUGACUAGAAAAAUUGUGAGGCGGUACAAGACAGUGGUCACGAAAGAGAGUGAGUUACCUGACGAAAAAGAUACCAGUCAAUUAACAAAAGUGCUGGGAACUGGUUCAGAACUGCCAACCACUACUAUCUUGAGGAAAAUUUACACUACAGUCACUAAAGAUGGUGAAGGUACUGAAGAUGGUUUAGAAACAGAGCAGCUUGAUGAGCUGGAUGACCAAGAUGGAAAAGAAUCUGUCACUGAAGAGACAUUUACAGAUGAGCAUGGAAGAACUGUCACAAGAAAAAUUGUGAAAAGAUAUAAGACAGUAGUGACAACAGAAGGUGAAGAUGUUAUUGGAGACAUUAGUAGUGAUGGCAAGAAAGAGAGAGAUGAUGAUGACAGUAAAGAUUCAGUCACAGAAGAAAUAUUUACAGAUGAAGAAGGCAGAACUGUAAGAAGGAAAAUUGUGAAGCAUUACAAAACAACAGUGUUAAAAGCUGAUGACAUCACGGAUAAAACAUUAUCUACAACAGAGUUACAAUUUGAUCCAGAUGCAAAAGAGAAAAGCAUUGCUUUCAGUUCAUUUACUACUGCUGAAGGCAAAAGUGACAUUCCCCUUGAUUUUACUGAAGGUGAGGAUGGAAAAGAUUCCAUUAUAGAAGAAACUUUCACAGGAGAAGAUGGAAGUGUUGUAACCAGGAAGAUAACAAGACAAUAUAAAACCAUUUUAAAACAGGAGGCUGGAUCUGAUGAUCAUCAUUUUAUAACAAAAAUUUCAACAGGGUCAGCUGACUCAAGUUUACCACUGACCACCACCACAAUGACAAAAACCUACACAACUGUAACAAAACAAGGUGAUGACUAUGGUGACGACUUCUCGGAAGAUUUAGGAAAAGCUCAUGAACCCAGUGGGGCAACGUCUAAAACCACCACUACAGUGACUACAAUUACUAAAAGAAUUUCUUCAAAGGAUGGAGAAGAAGAAAUAACUGAAGCCACUACAGAGGAAGUAACUUCUGAAGAUGGAAAAGAACAAAGUACUGUCACAGUUACCACAAAGAGAGAUGAACAUGGUGAUAUGGUAGUUCACACAUCAAUAACCCCCAGAGAUAAAGAAAUUGAUGGUUACAGUAUUGCAGGACCAGUUAGCUUCGUUGGCAGUGAUAAAGGGGAGCAUUUGGCACACUCCACUGUUAGUACUACUGUUACGACUUCUCAGAUGACCACAGAUGCCUGGAAGACUGGUAGAAAACAUGACUCACAGCAGUGUGACAGUGAUGAGGAAGAUGACCCUACAUCGCCACUAAGCAUUACAUCACAACUUGCACAUUCUCCACCAUCACAUUUUGGAUUUGAAACAUCUGCUAGUCCUACAGCAUCAAUAGAGCUUUACUCACCCAAAGUCAUUCCUUCACAAAAAGUAAGUUCCACACAGAUGACUAGUUCAUUUUAUGGUAGUUUGCCAUCUGGAGAAGAGCAGUUGACAUCUACAGAUGAGAAACUGGAUUUCCAAAGGGCACUUCAUGAACACAGAGAAGCAAGAGGUGAAGAUCUCCAGUCAUCUUUCCACAGCCCACCUGUGCAUAAAACUGUAACAAUGGGUUACAAAGAGGGAUUGCUACAUGGUGAACAGCUGUCAUCAGGAAUAAAUGGCCAAAAGCAUGAAGAUAUUGACAGUAAAGGAGCUACCACAAAAAUUAUUCCUUCCAGUAGUGGAGUGAGUGCCACAAGCCAAAAAAUACCUCCAGUAGUAACCAGUGCACACCUUCCUGCUGAGCAUGGUCAUUCAGCACAAAAAGAUACAAAGGGUGACAAACAAAAGGAUCCAAUUGGCAGUUGGGGGAAACCACUUGGGCUCCCAGCACCUGCACCGCCACCUGCGAACACAAUCACAACUAAUGGCGAAGUCAACACAGCUACUAAGCCCGGGACCCCAAAAAAGGAAAAGAAAGCUAUGCAAAUGAAGAAGAACUUAGUAAUGAAUGAAAACAACAAAGCAGCAAAUGCACAAUCAGCAAAAGAAUCAAAAUCUAGGCGUUCAGAAUCACCAGUAAAACAGAAGAAUGUGUCAAAUAAAGAUGUUGGGAAAAACACAAAAGUUCCUGGAGGCCAUAUAUAUAUUGACCUAACCUAUGUCCCACAUCAUGGAAAUUCAUACUACACCAAUGUAGAAUUUUUCAAGAAAGUCAGAGCAAGGUACUAUGUAUUCAGUGGCACAGAACCAAGUCGAGAUGUCUACAAUGCUCUACUUGAAGCUAAACAAACAUGGGAAGAUAAGGAUUUAGAAGUAACUAUCAUUCCCACAUAUGAUACCGACACUCUUGGUUACUGGGUCGCCGAGAAUGAAGAUCUGCUUACAAAAUACAAGAUUGACCUCUCUCCGUCUGCAAGUCGCUGCACAAUAAAUCUGCAAGAUCAUGAAACAAGCUGUUCAGCAUAUCGGUUGGAGUUCUAAUUGUUGCUGACUGAUAAACAGUCACAGAAAUAAACUCACUGCCCAUAAAAGCCAUUACUGCUCUAUAGUAUGAACUGGCUUGGACGAUGCCAUUUUUAGCAUUAGCUGAAGUAUUUCUUGUUACCAUCCUUGAUACUUUUUGUGGUCUAAGACAAAGGAAGUUAUGAUGUCCUUACAGAGAAAUUAAAAAUGUCUUUCAGGAAAUUUUCUUGUAUGAUGAAGUCUGUGCUGAUGUUGAGGACCCUUCAACAUAAAUGGUGAUGAUGAAACGGAAAAAAAUGCAGCAGUUUUGUUGUACCAUUUAUUUUUAGAUUGUUCUUUCAGAAUGUCAGCAGUUCUAUUUAUACUGUCAGUUCAUAAGAUUCAAAUAGAUGUAUGGUCACAUAAAUAUGACAUUUAUGAUAUAUGUCCAAAAAAUGUUAGCUGUUUUUCAGUUUCAUUGAUACACAGAAAAAGUAAGACACGAUGUGGUGUGUGUUUACAUUUCAGUCCUGGGGUAAAAGACAGUUUUUACUGAAAGCAAAUUGUCAUAAAACUGUGGUACUUACAUCCAUAAAUAUAUGUAUAUAUAAUGAGCAAAAUCUUUUUCAAAGUAUUGAGUCUAAGAAACACCCAUCUCUCUUACACAUUCAAGAAAUUUAUUUUUCUAAGCUUCCUGAGAAGUGAAAUUGAAAGUGAAAAGAGAGAACAACUUUCCCAUUGGGUUCAAUGUAUAUUUGUUGAUAGUAGAAAUUAAACUGUCUCACGCAUUAAAUACAAUCACUACCAGUUGAGCAAACCAUUAAGUACUUUUCAGAAAACAAAACAAAAAAAAUCAUGUUUUUUGUGCCAUAGGCCUCAAGUGAUAACACAUGAAAAAUUAUACAAGAAAGGAUAAACAAAAACAAGAAAUAUUUUAUAAUAAAACAAGUCGAACAUAAGUAAAUUAUUUCCUAUGUCCAUAUAGUUAAAACAAUCCCAUUAUUAUAAGAUGCCACAUUCGUCUUAUGUUGCUUAUUAUAUUAUAAGCAUCAACAUGAUUUAAUUAUUGUUCCUAAAGUGGACAUUGUAUCAUCCAUUUUCACGUUUGGAGGGAUACCGUUAAACAGUGUUGAAAAACCAAAUAAGAUGACCUAGUUUUUGAUCUAUGUAACGUUUUACUAAUAAUGUUAAAAUCAUGAAAUUAAAAUUAAUUCCCUAAACAGUGUUACCUUAAUGUAAAGUUGUUAGAAAGUAACAGAAGCUUCAUUGAAUGUUUAAAGUGCAUCCUGAGAUCAUAUUUUGUGUGUCAUGAGAAAAAUGAGUCUGCAGUAACUAAUAAUUUAUCCAUAUCUUCAGAAAUGUUCCAUUUUUUGUUUAUGAAUAUUGUAAGCUGUAAAUUUAGAAACUGUGUGUUUACUCACAGUCAUGAUUGUGCAGUGGUUGUGUGUAUGUACUCAAUAAGUGCUCACCCUCAUACCUAAAGUGACAUGUACUUACAAACACAUUAAUUUAAGUCUUCCUCUCACCCUCCUGUUCAUUCCUGCCUGCAAUGCAGUUUUUAAGAAUAUAUGUUUUUGAAAGUUUUAAUCUAUAUUUAAGUCUUCCUACACAUAGCAAAUAUUUUAUAUUUAUACUUAGCAACAUAAGUCUUAUUUUUAAUGCUGUCAUCGUAUUUAUGUAGCGUUUUAUGCAUCCAUUGUGCACGAAAAUACACUUUAUGUAAAAGCUUGAAUGCUAGGCAGAAAAGUAUUUAUCAUUUAUGUUAUCUUUGAUUCAGAUGAUAUUUGAUGUGGUACAUAAUUUAAACAUUAGCUUAAUUUUUUUUAUCUGCCCAGGUGGGACAGUAUAAGUAUAGAAGACAGACUGUUUUUUGAAACAAGAAAGAAAUCCAAAAGUGUUGGCAUGGAUAGAACUUCCUUCAGCUCAGAAAAAGAGAGCAGCUAGAUGUUGCGUUGUUAUAAGUUUGUUUUUGUGUAUGUGAAUUGUUAAAACAAGUGAACAAAACACCGAAAUAUGAAGGAAGAGUAUGGACUGUUGUAGAUAGUAUCUAUCAAAUUGAAAACUGUUGAGUGUAAAAUAUUUCAUAGGCAUGAAACAUGAUGAAAUAAUGUCUGAAGCACUACAAAAAUGGACAAUUUUGUGGAAAUAUAGAAGUUUAUCUGACUUACAGCAACAUACAUGUCACACACACAACUCUUGAAGCAUAGAUGAAUUUGUAGCAAAUGGAGGAAUCCGUUUUAUCCUCCUCUGAUUUUGUACUUACCUGAGAAUGUGUGAUUUUAUAACAGUAAAAAAUUAGGACAUUUAAUUUUUUGUACAAUAUUGUGUAUCUUUCCAGAAAUGUGUAUUAUACUUCAUUUCAUUUUGUGUGCUGGUCAAUAAUCUAGUUUUGUAGAAUUUUAAAUAGUUACUUCAUCUGUAUCUUUCAUUAUUAUAGAUUGCUCCCUGUUAUGAACUGUUUCUAUAUAAGGCCUAAUUUAUUGUUUUUGAAAAUAUUACUCUUGUUUUGUCCACAUGUUUUGUACUUUUGUUAAUGGAUGGUAAACUUGAAUAUGACAGUGUGAAUGAGGUGCUCGUUUAUUACUUUCUGACUGAAAAUAAUUUUCUGAAGUAGUUUAACAUACAAAAGUUUGUAUGUUUGUUAUGAGAUCUUUUCAAAAUGACUGUUGCCAUGGAACUAUAUAUGUAUAGUGUCUACAGUAUCUCAGCAACAAGAAACCGAGCUUGAAUAAAUGAAACACAGUUGUUAAUAGUUAAAUCGAACUGUUGCUAUCGUAAGAUAGAGAAGUUGUGGUAGAACUAUGAAUGGUGCUAGCAAAUGCCUUGUUAAAAAUACAAAUCAAACCUCCACAUUUUUUGUGUGACUUUACUGUUAAUAAUUACAGUUGGACCACUUAAUAGGUCACACAAAAAGAGUGUGUUGAGAGUAAAAGUGUAAGCAGAGAAGUGAAGUUUGUAUUGGAUUCAGUUGUGGCUGGCCUUGUGAUUGUAAAGAAUGUUUCCUUAUUUGACACAUCAUUUUACGAUUAUUUAUUUAUUUAUUUUCCAUAUAAAAGUUAUUUGUGUUUCUAAUGUUGCACCUUUAAACUUUUAUGCUUUCAUCUUUAUUAUAUGAAAAUUGAAAUUUAAAAAAAAAUGGCUCCUGUCUCAUCAAAACAACAUAUUUUGUCAUGUUUGCUUAAAGUGAAGCUUCUAGUCACAGAGUCUGCUCUAUGCUUGUUCUGAUACCAUUGCAGUGUAUGUAUGGGAAAUGUAUGAGAAAUAAAUCAAAACCAAAAAAUAAACUAAAAAGGGGAAAAUCGUGAAAAUGAA